AUCUGCAUCCGCCGCCGUCGUCGUUUCGUGUUUUGUCGUUGUCCUCUGCACACAAAAAAAUCAAAUGUUUGUGUAUAGGCCUAGGGCCUAGUCCUAGUUGUACGUGAUUUGUAAUCUUUGCUUGAUAAUUUGCAUUUCCGUGCAUCAUUGGUUAAUGUGGUUCAUAAGAAAUCUAUGGAAUGGCGGUAUACUUCUACCACCGCCUAGACUCCAGCCUCGCCUAAAUUUCAGAACAACCAAAAUAACAGCGUUGUUUUGUUUUUUUAUGGGGGCGCACUUAAGACCGUUCAUUAUGGCGUGGAGGUCCACAGGCACUACACACGAAGAACUGAUUACAAAAUUGAGACAAAAUGGAAUCAUCACAAAUGAUAAAGUGUUCAAUGCAAUGAUGAAAGUCAACAGGAUGUAUUACUCAAAACACAACCCAUUCAACGAUUCUCCACAAUCUAUCGGUUAUGGUGUAACAAUAAGUGCUCCUCACAUGCAUGCUCAUGCCUUAGAAUUGUUGAAAGACCAGCUAAAGGAAGGAAACAAAGCUCUCGAUGUUGGUUCUGGGAGUGGCUACUUAACCGCAUGUAUGGCAUAUAUGGUUGGUCCUCAAGGUGUAGUUGUUGGUAUUGACCAUAUUAAAGAACUUGUUGAUGUUUCCAGAGAACAUAUUAUGGAAGGCAAUCCAGAUCUUUUAGAAUCAGAUAGAAUUAAAUUAGUUGUUGGUGAUGGUAGAUUAGGUAGUCCAGAGCAUGCCCCCUAUGAUGCUAUUCAUGUCGGAGCUGCAGCGCCAACAAUACCUGAAGCUCUUUUGGAGCAGUUGAAACCAGGUGGGCGCAUGAUUGUACCCGUAGGCCCGCAAGGAGGAAGCCAAAACCUGGAACAGUAUGACAAGCUCCCUGAUGGAAGUAUCACUAAGAAGCAACUAAUGGGGGUCGUGUACGUCCCCCUCACCAGCAAAGAAAAACAGUGGCCUGGAAGGUGCUUCUGACAAUAUUUUACGAGACUUAUUCAUGUUGGUUCAAGAAAGAGGGAGCUAUAGCAGACACAGGAGUGCACGUAGCUAUGAAGAGGUGACUUGCAUGGUGUCUUGGCCUUGGUGCAAAUGCUUACAAAGUCUUUAAAAAAUAUUUUGCCGUGGAGUAGAAGGAUAACAAUGAAUGUACUUACAGUGGUGUAUGGACGAUGUUUAAUGAAUUUAUAUGAUCUCUUAUUUGAAAAUCUCAUGACUUCUUUGUAUAACCUGUGAUAUAAUAUCACAGACAAAACUACGGAAUUGAGCAACACAUACAAAACUGUGAAAUUUAUUAACACAUAUAAAACUGAGAAAUUGGGCAACACAGAUAAAACUAAGGAAUUGGUCAACAAAGACAAAACUGAGAAAUUGAGCAACCCAGACAGAACUGAGGAAUUGAGCAACCCAGACCAAACUAAGAAAUUUAUCAACACAUAUAACACUGGGAAAUUGAGCAACACAUACAAAACUGAGAAAUUUAGCAACACA